AUCCAGCGUUCCGGGUUUUGGUUGCAUUGUACCUAACAGCCAUUUACCCCCGCGGUGGUGUUUGUCUGUCUGUUGCUAUCUGUUCGUCUGCUCCGGGGAAAAGCGCUGCCCUGGAGCCUGUCGGAAUACCUCCUGCGGUCAUGGAAGUGUCGGGAGCCCCGUCCAGCCCCGGGAAGUGAGGCCCGCAUGCCGCCGCUGCGCUCCCCGCCGCCCCGCACCGCUCUCCGGGAUGUGACCGUGUGAUGGCUGCGGUCCAGUGAAGUAGAGCACGUUGACUGGUGCGCCGUUCCAUCCGCCGGUUUGGGAGCCUGUCUUCGUUGUUUUCCUGGCGGAUUACCGGAGCCUAUGGAGUGUACAUGAUCUGUGAGCGGACCGGGAUUCCUAGCGGGGUGGCGAUGUGGGGAGCCGGGAGGAGUCGUGGGGUCCGGCCCUGAGGAGGCGUCCUGCGGCGGGGAGGAGCACGGCCCUCCUGUGGCCCUCCUGUGGCGCUCCGGGACGCUCCUACUAAGAUGUCCCUCAGCAGCGGCCCUGCAGGCGGGAAAGGUGUGGACUCCAACGCGGUGGACACGUACGACAGCGGUGAUGAGUGGGAUAUCGGUGUUGGCAAUCUGAUCAUCGACCUGGACGCCGACCUAGAGAAGGACAAACUCGAGAUGUCAAGCAGUAAGGAGGGAGGGGGGAUGGCCGCCCCCCCCAGCGCCGUGGCUGCUUUACCCGACAAUAUCAAGUUCGUUAGUCCUGUGGCCGCCACGCAGGGCAAAGAGAGCAAAUCCAAAUCCAAGAGGAGUAAAAACUCUAAGGAGAGUGUCAAGGCGCUGGUCUCAGAUGGAACUAAAAAGGAGGUUCAGUGUCGGGCCCCUGUGGACCUGCCCCCGCAGAACCCCAACUCCACCCCCACCAAGGGGACGGACAAGUCCAGUAAACCUUCCCGGAUACUCCCUCCUGUGAAAAAGGACAAAGACGGGCUUUCUGGGAAAUCAAAAAAAGAUAAGAUAGAGGCUGUGGCCCCCGGAGCAGUGAACACCGAGAAGGAGCCGGGGGCCACGGGCCUGCCUCUGGGAGCCCCUCGCAGCGGCCCCUUCGAGGGCCAGCAGAACCCGGAGCUAGCCUCCAUGGAGCAGCUGGGGAAUAUGGCGCUGGACUCGGCGGCCAUGGGCCAGGCCGUCACCAUGGCGACGGAGCAGGAGGAGGUGGAGAGCUCCGACUGCCGGAACCUGAAGAAGGUGGUCAGUGGGGAAAAGAUGGAGUCUCCGGUCUCCACCCCCGCCCCUCCCCCCCUCCACCUCCUCGGCCCCGUGGUCAACAGCGGCGACAUCUCGUCCCCCUGCGAGCAGAUCAUGGUCCGCACGCGCUCGGUGGCGGUCAACACGGCCGACGCCGCGCUGGCCACCGAGCCGGAGUGCCUGGGGCCCUGCGAGCCAGGCACCAGCGUCAACCUGGAGGGCAUCGUGUGGCAGGAGACCGAGGACGGGAUGCUGGUGGUGAACGUCACCUGGAGGAACAAGACGUACGUGGGAACCCUGCUGGACUGUACCAGACACGACUGGGCUCCGCCAAGGUUCUGCGAGUCUCCCACCAGCGACGUGGAGAUGCGGAGCGGCCGCGGCCGGGGGAAGAGGAUGCGUCCGAGCGGCAACACGCCGCUGAACGACAACAGCAACUCCUCCGACAGCAAGGGCGGCAGCAGCAGCAAGACGCGAGGCGCCGCCGCCAACAGCAAGGGGCGGCGGGGCAGCCAGACGGCCGGCUACGCCGAGGACGCCAAGGCCAGCCCGUCCUCGGCCAAGAGGAAGACCAAGCCCGCCUCCGACAUGGAGCCCACCUCCAGCUCCGAGGACACCAAGGCCUCCAAACGCAUGAGAACAAACUCCACGGGCGCCGGCGCCCCCGGUCCCGGGGGCAAGGCGGACCCCCUCCCCCCUCCGCAGCUGGACCGGACCUGCCCCUCCCCCGUGCUCAUCGACUGCCCCCACCCCAACUGCAACAAGAAGUACAAGCAUAUCAACGGCCUCAAGUACCAUCAGGCCCGCGCCCACAACGACCAGGACGUGCGCCUGGACCAGGACGGGGACAGCGAGUACGGGGACGAGCCCGCCCUGCACCUCGACCCCAACUCCUGCAACGGCGCCGCCAUCUCCCCGGCCCGCUCCGCCACGCCCAAGGGCCGCGGCUUCGACGCCCCCUCCCCCUCGUCCGGCAAGGCGGCGUCGAAGGGAAAGAAGAAGGCGGCGGAGGCCGACCCCGAGGUGACGGACGGCGGCGAGGAUGGGGCGUGUCUGACCGACGAGGCCAGCAACGACGGGAUGGACGACAGGAAGGCCAAGAAGCCGGGGGGCGGGGCCAAAUCUGACAAGCCGGCCCAGAAAGGCAUGAAGCCGGCCCGCACCGGGACCCACGCCGCGCCGGGGGUCCCCUCGCCGUACUCCCUGCAGGCGUCCUCCCCCGCGCUGGGCUCAGUGGUGCAGUCCGUCCCCAAGAGCCCCCAGCUGAAGAGCGUCCAGUCCAAACCGCCGCCGCCGUCCGACCCCGCCUCCAGCCCCACCCUGGCCAAGGACAAGAAGAAGAAAGACAAGAAGAAGAGGGAAGGCGGGAAGGAGGCGGACAGUCCCAAGGCCGUGGCCAAGGGGGGGCGGCCGGAGGAGGGGAAGAGCCCCUACUCCGAGGCGUCCGACGCUCUGCUCAACGGCUCCACGGAAGCCCACCAGAGCCGGCUGGCCAGCAUCAAAGCGGAGGCGGACAAGGUGUACAGCUUCUCGGACAACGCGCCCAGCCCGUCCAUCGGCGUGGCCAGCAGGAUGGAGGCCGGCCCCCACCACCUCACCCAGAACGGCGCCGACAACACCUCCGUCAAGACCGGCAGCCCCGCCUACUCCGACAUCUCCGACGCCGGGGAGGACGGCGAGGGCAAGGCGGAGGGGGUGAAGGUCAAGACGGAGCCCGACCAGGGCCCCCGGGAAGGGGCCAAGAAGGCCCUGUUCCCCCCCCAGGCCCCCAGCAAGGAGUCGCCCUACUACCCCAACUACGACUCCUACUACUCCCCCAGCUUCCCCAACCCCAGCCCCGGCGUGGCCCCCGCGGCGCCGCCCCACCUGGAGGGGGCGCCGCUGAAGGUGAAGAAGGAGGAGGAGCUGGAGGUGGGCGAGGAGGGCAAGGUGAAGGCGGAGCCUCAGGAGGAGAGGAAGGCGGAGCCCGGCCCCCAGCAGCCGUCCGUCAUCCAGCAGCGCUCCAACAUGUACGCCCAGCCGCUCUACUACAACCAGUACUACGUGCCCCCCCCCUACUCCUACUCCCCCGACCAGGCCUACCACGCCCACCUGCUGGCCUCCAGCCCCGCCUACCGCCAGCAGUGCGAGGAGCGGCAGCGGCAGGCCGACAAGAAGGCCGAGGCCAAGGAGCGGGACUGCGGGGGCAAGGAGGACUGGAAGCAGAAGGCGUCGGUGCCCCCCACCCUGUCCCGGGCCCCCAGCCUCACAGACCUGGGAGCCAAAGGAGGCCCCGCCCCCGCCAAGCCCAAAGACCCCCCGCCGGCCUCCGAGCAGACCAAGUCGGUCAUCAUGGCCAAGAGCGAGGACGCCAAGGCCCCGCCCGGCCCGCAGCCCGAGGGCCUGAAGAUCAAGCUGAGUGAAGCCGGGCAUCAUGGGAAGGAGGAGGGGAAGCUGGGGGUGGAGCCAGGCCGGCCGGCAGGCGUCGACCCCGCCAUGUGGUACCGGCAGCAGGAGGCGGACUCGCGCCUGUGGCCCUACGUCUACCCCAGCAAAUACCCAGAAGCCCCCAAGCUGCAGGAGGAGGAGCGGUGGAAGGACGAGCGGGAGCGGGACAAGAAAGGCAAGGAGGAGCGGCCGCGGCCGAAGGACGAGGCCAAGGAGGGGCCGGAGGGCCGCCUGCAGCAGCCGCCGCCGCCCGACGAGCACCGGGGGCCGGCGAAGGAGGCGCGCCCCCCCCACAUGCAGUUCUCGUCCUCGCUGGGCCAGCACCAGGGCUACAUGCCCUACAUGCACGGGCCCUACGCCUACAGCCAGGGCUACGAGCCGGGACACCCGGGCUACCGGGGCAUGCCGUCCGUCAUGAUGCAGAACUACCCAGGCUCGUACCUCCCGCCCGGCUACUCCUUCUCCCCGUACGGCGGGAAGGUUCCCCCGGGGGAGGACGGCGAGAAGCCGUCCCGGUCCAGCCCCACCGUCAAGCCCCCCGGCGAGGCCAAGGCCCUGGACCUGCUGCAGCAGCACGCCAGCCAGUACAAGAGCAAGUCGCCGUCCGUCCAGGACGGCAAGCCGCCGCACGAGCGGGACCGAGACCGGGACCGGGACCGGGAGAGAGAGCGGGACCGGGAGAGGGACCGGGACGGCGACCGGCCGCGGUCCUCCCCCUCCCAGCGCAUCCUGUCGUCUCACCACCACCUGGGCUACCCCCUGCUGUCGGGACAGUACGACCUGUCCUACGCCUCAGGUCUCUCCUCCUCUGCCAUCGUAGCCAGUCAGCAGGCGUCCUCUCCGUCCAUGUACCCGCCCGCACGGAGGUGAGACAGGCACACCUGACCCCCUGACCUCCACGUCUCGGUCAUGUGACUGGAUCACAUGAGGAAGCUUCUGUGUCAAACAUCAGUUCAAUGGUGUUGUGUGUGUUUGAUGCCUGGCUGCGGGGCGCCGUGAGGCCCGGGCGGCGGCGGCGGCGGCGGCGGGGAAGCUCCGUGACGGUUGAUACUGCUGCUGCUGAGCCGGGGGGGUCCUGUGCUUUUUUUGCGACCCCCCCUCAGACUGAAGGCCACACUGACCUCUGAGACGAGCAGCACCGUCACCUCCGCCCGGACGUGUCCCAGCUCCACGCAGACUCAAAGGAACACUGUGGACGGAGGGGGGGCGGACGGACGCAGCAGGCUCCUCCUCCUCACUCUGUAGCUGUAAUGUACUCUGUGUGCGUGCGUGUGUGUGUGUGUGUGUGUGUAAAUACUGUACAAAUGAAUUAUUUUAAAGAGCCUGUUGGAUGAUGUUGGAUUUCCUACUCUUCUUUUGUCUGGUAGCCUCUGCCUCUGUUUUUUACUGUUGUUGAGCAGAUAUUAAACCUGUAGCUGGUGAACA